ACAUGCACGCCAACAAAAAGGAGGUACAGGCCUCACUGGAAGGGGGCAUGGCCUUACGACGUGAGCCCUGUUUUAAUCACUUUGGGGGUCCAAGGCAAUUUACAUGUAACCCCUCUGGCCCAAGGGCUCUGUCCACAGACCGAUCCUGGCAGCAUUAACCCAUGCCAUGUUCCCUGCAAGGAGGGACAUUCGCCACUUCGCUCUCUCAGGUUAUGUCAGUAGGUGGCGCUGUAGAGCCGUUUAGCUCCGUUCCAGGGGUAAUGUCGCUAGGACACCGAGCGGGAAGAGCGGCGCGGAUGCUAUAGCGGCCGGCCCGGAACUGUGGAGCGGAUACAAUGGAGCGUCCGUACAAGGGGCAGAAUGCACAUAAGCCGGGCACUGCCAAGCUCCGGCAGAAGGGACCAGUUGCUGCCGUCAGAGUCCCCGGGAACUUGAGGCCAGCGAAGUACAGCCGACUUGGGCUCUACAGGGUGUCCUACACCUGGAACAGAGGGGGGAGGCUGAAAGAGCUGCGUAUCAGACAUCUGGCCAGAAAGUUCCUGUAUCUUUGGAUAAGGAAAACUUUUGGAAGAGUUCUUCUGUCUACUGCAAGACAUCAUUAUUCCCAUCAUUUACUGCGUUCCUGUUUAUCCCAGUGGAAGGAGGAAUGGUGGAUAUCAUGUAAAGAGUGGAGGCUCGGUAUCCGAGCUGACUGCCAUUACAGGUAUACUGUGUACAAGAUGUGUUUCAACUCGUGGAGAAGAUUUGUGCAUACCCAGCACAAGACCAGACAAAAGCAUCAGGCUGCAGAAUGUCAUGCCCGGAAGCACAUUGUAUGUCUUGCAUGGCAUCGCUGGAUUAUAUAUGUGAAUAUCUGCAGGACGAAACAUCAUAUGCUCUCCGAAGCUCUUGAGUUCAGGGAAUACAGAGCCUUGUGUAACUCAUGGCAUGUGUGGAUGGUCCAAAUGCAACGAAGAAAAAUAAUCCAUGGGAUGGAGACACAGGCACUAAAACACUGGGCUGAGAGUCUGCAGAUGAGGGCCUGGCUUCAGUGGAGAACAUUAUACCUUCACUCUGAGGAAGAGAAGCUUAGAGAGAGGAGGGCAGUGAUGCACCAGCGGCACUGCAAGCUGCAGGCGGCAAUGCGGGCCUGGCUGCUUUAUUUACAUUAUCGGCGGCAGAAGAGACAGCAGCAUGCCUUGGCUUUGUGCUUCUAUCGUGAACAUCUCACCCAGAGAUAUUUAUUAAUGUGGUUCAAUGUCUUGGAGAAAGUCAGAAGCUUGCAAGCAGUGCAGGAACACACAGACUCUCUGGCAAAACGAUGUGUUCUGCGAAGAGCUUUUACGCAUUGGAAGUAUUAUAUUCUGCUUUGCUCUGAAAAAGCCUGCUUACAGAAAGUGGCCCAGGACCAUUACAGAGUCCACCUCAUGAAGAUUGGUUUUCAUGCUUUAAAGCAGAAUGUCUACUUUGUACAUUCUUCACAAGGAAGAAGGGUGCAGGCUGCUAAUUACUACCACUCUGCGUUGCUCCGCAGGUUCUGGACUGUCUGGCAAUUUCACAUGGAGCAAAGGGAAGAAGGAAGACUCGUAUCUCUUACCAUGGCAGCACAUUCUUACUACAGGUCUUUGGUGCUGCAAAAGUACUUCAGAAUAUGGAUACAGUACAAGCAGCAGCGUAAAAUGAAAAAGAUGCUGGGUACAGCUGCACACUGCCACUAUGCAAAGUACCUGAUGCCUCGCAGCUUCCACACAUGGAGAACACACACACUCGUACAACAGAAGAACAGAGAAAUGGAAGGUCAAGCCACGUACUUUCACAGGUGUUGUGUGCAGAAGCGAGUGCUCAUCACCUGGUACAUGAAACUGAACAGUCAACGGGAAAUUCGCUUAGCAGAGAGAAUAGCUAUCCUGCACUGCAACUGGCAGUUGUUGGGGACAUACUGGUGCACAUGGAAAAAUUGCCUGGCAGCUUUAUAUGCUGAGCGUGAGAUGGAUAUAAUGGCUUCUGAGCACUACCGGAGAAAGCACUUAUUCCAUGUCUUGCACACCUGGAGGGAAAAUGUUCAAGAAAUAAAAACAGAGAGAGCCAGAGAGUUGGCAGUGACGCAUCAUCACCAGCAGCUGUGUGUGAAGAAAGCCUGGCAGCACUGGAAAUUGUUUGUGUCUCGCAGACAUCAGAAGCGGCAGAAACGGCUGUGUGCCGAUGUGUGCUAUCAGAAUCGGCUGCUUGCAAGAGUACUAACUGCAUGGAAGUAUUAUCAUAGGAAUACCCAGUGCAUUUUGCAGCAGGUGGCUAACAAAGAAACUCUAUACAAAGAAUCAAUCCUGCGAGUUGCACUUAACACUUGGAGGAGUCACGCAACAGCACAGGAUGAGGAGAGAAAGCAUGCAAUCAUUGCAGGACGUCACUAUAGAGCCACAACCCUAAAACAGGUUGUUCAAGCAUGGAGAGAGGCUGCUUGUGUUAGUGCACAUGGUCACAAGCAGACGAUGGAGGAAGUAGAAGAGGCAGCUGCGUAUCUACAGAAAGGAAAACUUUCCCGCAUGAUGCUGUAUUGGAGAGAACAUAGCAGAAAAGCAAAGGAGCUUCGCGUUAAGAUGGAGAUGGCAGAAAAGCACCAUGGGAGGCAUCUGCUGAGGGACAGCAUAAAAAAGUGGAAAGUGUAUCAUGCUUUGAGUUUGAGGAAAAUACUUCUGCAGCGGCAUCAGAUCAUCUUCUCUAGACACAGACUGAGUCGGUACUAUCUGAGGAAAUGGCACCACAGGUUGUUGGAAAAAGGGCAUGAGGAUAAGCUGACAAUACAAGCUCUGUGGCAUUGGUCCCUCAACCUGCAGGGAAAGGUGUUUGAUUGCUGGUUGGCGUAUGUCAGUGAGCGCCGGAGAAAGAAACGGCGCCUUGUAGAGGCAGUGGAAGUUUAUCGCAUUGACCUCCUGCAAGAGGGGGUGACGAGGCUCCUACGUUUCAUGUCUGGAAUGAAGCAGUUCCGAACUCAGUUGUCCACUCAGCAUCAGUUACAGGAGGUGCACACACAGAAUCUUGCAGUGCGUCACUGCGCCAUGAUUUGGAAGCAGAAAGUUUUCAAGAAGCUUCACCAAAUUCCACCUCCUAAUAAGAAAGUAACCUUCGAAAUGCCAUCAACUGAUGUGAAAUAUGAGGAAGACCCCUGCUGCCCUCCUUCAAGGAUUUUAUUGCCUGUGAAACAUGCAACCGCUCCCCUCUCUGAGGGGCAACCCUCGCUGAGCACCAUAAGGAAAGAGCGCCUGACACCCCGCAGUCCUGCCUUCUUGCUGCGCUCACUGGAAAGAGAGGGUCUCCUUGGUGUAGCAGGAAGACAAAUCAGCUAUUCUCAUCAUGACUCCAACACAAUAGACAACUCUGAGAAACACAGUUCAUGUGUGGACAAGUCACCGCAUCUGUCAAUAAAAUCCACCAGUGCUUCUCAGUCAUUGCCAGUACAGCCUUUCCAGCCACCCCAGUCUGACAAUUGGCCAGUGAUUCAAUCUCCCUCAUCUGAAGCACCUCACUACUCAAGUUCUCACCAGGCUUUGCCCAUUCCAGCCUUAAUGCCUCCUUCUUCCUUUAUGCCACAAGCUCAGGACCAGUCGAAUAUUAGUCUACCGCACCCAGUGGCACAGAUCAAAGUGACACGCUCUUCUAGCUCAAAGCAAGUGUCAGAUUAUUCAUGCCAGCUGCUGUCACCAAAUGACUUUAUCCAGGGAACACGAGUACAACAAUCUAACUCUGCAGUGAGUGAUUCCACUGCAGUACAAGAGGAACCACACAAUUUGGACACAGAUAAGGACUUACAGACAGUCACCCUGGAAAAGGAACUUGCACAAAUACAACAAACUAUGCAGCAGUACCAAGAUCAGAAGCAGGAACUAAAAAGCUGGCGUAGGCAUGCUGAAGUGCUAAGGAGGUGGCUGGAAGCGGAAGACCUUCUACUGGACCCAGAUGACCAUAUUAUUGCCAAAGACAUUAAGAGUGAACUGCAGCAGCUGGAACUGCAAAUAGAAAAUCGUGUGCAAAAAUUAAAUACGGAGAAGAAGCAAGUACAGGACUAUGUCAGUCGCAUCCAGGAGAUUACUGCAUCGCUGGACCUGUCUGUUCAGUUAAUAUGUAAAUAAGAGACCACUACAUAUGCUGUUUGCAUUUGUUUUAUUUCAAAAUGUAUGCUAUUAAAUGAGUUAAUUUGUUAGUAA